GAAUCACUUUGAACCGGCGGUCGUGUUUCCCAAGCAUCCAAACUAUUGUAGUCUCAACUGAAAGUGAAAAAUGGCUCUUUUGGAUGACAAGCAGGUCAAAGAAAUCAUUGUGGUCGGUUGCGGUGUUGUUGGCCUUACAACUGCAUUGAAGGUCCAAGAACAGGGCGGUUACAAGGUCACAAUAAUCGCGGAGACCUUUCCAACCGAUCCGAAAACCAUACGAUACACUAGUCACUGGGCGGGUGCCCACCAUGUUAGUCAUGCAGGCAGUGACUUGAAUCAGCUCGGAAUUGAUAAGGAGACCUUUGAUGUGAUGUGGGAGCUAUCAGCCCCAGGCGGAGCAGCUGAAGGGUGCUUCCUACGACAUACACAGACAGAAUAUCACGGCGAUGCGUCCCCAUCCCCUCAUUGGCUUGAAUUUAUGCCAGACUUCCGAUACCUUCCUGAAGAUGAGUUACGUCUUGGCGCCACCAAGGCGUUCUCCUUUAGCACAGUGACGAUGAAUACCCCAAUGUAUUUAAACUGGCUGAUGUCCUCCUUCCUUUCGCGUGGCGGUUCAAUUGUCCGAGCCUCCUUACAACACAUCAGCCAAGUGUUUGAAAGUGGUGCUCAUCCUUUCACAGGAGCUGGACAUUCUGGGAAAGUCGAUGCUGUAGUGGCGUGUCCUGGAAUAGGCGCACGCACACUAGGAGGAGUGGAGGAUAAAGAUGUGUACCCCAUCCGAGGACAGACAGUACUACUCAAGGCUCCGUGGUUGGGCUAUGGGAGGACUAUGACAGCUGCUGACGGAACAUAUACUUAUCUGAUGCCAAGGAGAGGAGGAGAUCUGCUUGUCGGUGGAACGAGGGUGCCCAACGAUUGGCACCCUACCCCUCGGCCUGAAAUUACCAAGGACAUCCUCGCACGCGCAUUAGCUCUUGCACCGGAAAUUGCUCCUCCCCACAGUCGAGAAGGUCGUACUCCCACAGUCGAGGAUCUAUUGCCUAUAGUCAUAGAGGAAGGCUGCGGCUUGCGUCCUGGGCGAAAGUCCGGCAUUAGGCUAGAAGUUGAAUGGUUCGACCGGGGAGACACCGCGAUUCCUGUUGUAUACAACUAUGGUCAUUCGGGAUACGGGUUUUUGUCGUCCUGGGGUUCAGCUUCGGUAGCACUAAAGCUUCUUGAAGAUGCACUCAAAGAAAAGGAAAAAUACACCAAUAACCACGGCCGACUUUCUUCCCGGAAAUUGAUUGCUUUUUGUUUGGGGUAUUAGUAAAUAUCUAUGUACCAUCAAAGACAGUGAAAUAUUGGUUUUUUGUACGUACU